GAGUCUAAAAAGAUUGGAUGUGAUCCAGUGAACAACCCUAAUUCCACUUGUUCCCUCUCCGUCCAAACGGUGGCAACCACCAGCGAUCCCUAGCUUAAGAAGAAUCGAUUUGAUAAAAAUUGUAUUAGGUUUCUUAACCCUUAAAUCACCAUGAUCAACACUUGCUCUGUUCUCAGGAGAUAGUUGCCUGAUCAAAUGGAAAUUUCAACUCAAAGGGGUUUUCUUGAUUGUGACUUGUCCUGAGCUGAAGCUUACACCUUAUGGUCAAUCGCAAUUUCAAUCUCGAAGUCUCUACUGUACGAGAAUCAGUGCAGCAUAGAAGCCUCACAUGGCUUCAAAACUUAUGGUAAUCGCUUCCCAUGAAGCAGAAAAUAAAACAGAACACUCCCUGAGACAAGCAUUUAAGCUGCUUGAGCCAGCGCUGAAACCCCCAUUUUCACUCGAUAUCCCAAACCCAGAAGAGUACUUACAGCUUAACCGUGCAAUAGUUUAUGGGGUCUUAUGCGAACCCUAUUUAGCUAAAGCCCAUAUUAAGCAUUUACAUGCCGUUGUAUCUGAUGGGUAUCGAUUGUUUGUUGGUAUGCUUGUGAAGGUUGUUGAUGAAUUGUAUGUAAAACUUUUGGACUCUGUGAAAGUUCAAUUGAUAUGGGUUUGUAAAGAAAUGAUCGAUGUAUCUGCUAUUGGUUUUGAUGGUCUCUUAGUGUGUUUAUUGAGGCAAAUUGUUGGUGGAGAUUUUAGUAAUGGCAAUUUGUGGCUGUGUUCUGAGCUGUUGAAUGUCUUUAUGACUAAAUGGGAUACUCUUUUAGAAGCAGAACCAAUGAUUUUAGCUAGUGCUUUAUACACUUAUCUUCGAUUAUUAGCUGAUCACUGUAGGUUAAUUCACAAUACAAAUUUAGGGGCAUUAAAGCGAUUGGAGGUUGAGUUUUGUGUUAGAGUGUUGAAGCAACAGUUUCAUUUGUGCCUGAGAAUUGGGAGAGAUCUCAUUCGUCUUUUACAAGAUUUGAUUCACGUGCCAGAGAUUAGAACUAUCUGGAAGGAUUUGAUAUUCAAUCCAGGUGAGUUUAAGACUCCAGAAUUUUCAGAUAUAUCACAGCUUUAUUGCACGAGGACAUCUAGUAGAUAUUUUUUACUUAGGAUUACUCCAGAAAUGGAGAUUCAGUUGAGGUUCUUGUUGACAAACGUGAAGUUGGGGAGCCAAAAGCGCCACCAAACAUGGUUUACCAAGAAGUUUUUAUGUGGCCCAGAGAGGGAGACUGUGAUAAGUGACAUUGUUCGGUUUAUAUGUUGUGCACAUCACCCGACUAAGGAAAUUAUUCAGUCGGAAAUUAUUCCAAGGUGGGCGGUUGUAGGUUGGUUGCUCAAAUGUUGCACAAAAAAUUAUGUUGAAGCCAAUGUGAAGCUUGCUCUGUUCUAUGAUUGGCUCUUUUUUGAUGAUAAAGUAGACAAAAUCAUGAAUAUUGAGCCUGCAGCUCUGUUAAUGAUAAACUCUAUACCAAAAUACGUUGAUAUGACACACACUCUUCUUGAGUUUUUGUUCCUUCUUGUGGACUACUAUGAUGUGGAGAGGAAUGAUCUCAUAGUUAAAGGUGUCUCAUUAUCCUUUAAUGUUAUUGUACAGUUUCGAGUUAUUCACUCAUUAGAUGUCUUGUUUUCUUGUGCUGUACUUUCACCCUUUUUGAAAGAAAGGCUUGUAAAUCUUCUCUCUGGUAAGAAGCUGGAAGUCUGUACAGGCUUGGAUUCAUCAGAUGUUCCCCAUAAGUCUGCAACACCUUCAGUAUGGAACAGUUCAUUUGAACUGGAAUCUCCAACACCAUCAGCAGACCAAGAAACUAUAUUUUCAAAGAAAGGUGGAUCCGUUUGCAAACUUUCUGAUGCUUUGGAUUUGACUCAAGAUGAUUCGGUAACUUCUGGUCAUCAAAUUAAUACUAUAGGGAAUUUGGUUGAUAGAUUUGAAGAAGCAUUUCAGACACCAAAUAUGUGUCUCAAGACUUUUGAACAAUUAUUAGUGUCUUUUGUAGAUCUUGAUAACCGAGGACUUGCAAGUGUUUUCACUGAGCUUGAAGUUUUAUCUUCUAAAAUAGCCAAGCUAUUAGAACUAAAGGGUUACAAACUAUUUCCUCCAUUGGAAUUUCUUCAAGACAAUCCUGAUUACGAUGAUGAGGUAGGGUCUCCCACUGCCUUAAUACUUCGAUUCUUUGUCUUUUCUCAACAUCAGAGGAUGCAAGAAAUGCUUUUGUUCUGGGAAAGGAAUGGCUUUCCUGUUGGAGCACGGUUAUUAUCAUAUGCAUCACGACUAGCUUACGAGGAACAAGUGAGUAACUGCUCCGUAGAUGAAAUGAUUGCUAAUGAAUCUGCUAAAGAGUGUAAAUCAAACGUGAACUUACUCUCUUUUCAUGUUAAUGGCUCUCAUACUUUUUUGAAUGCCGAAGGAGAUGAUAUCCGUGAAAUGAUGAAUAAUAGUUCUAAAGUGGACAAAAUAUCCAUCUCAAAGUUGGUAAAUAGUGCGUUUGUUUCUUACCGUUGUUUCCUUUCUAAGAAGAUCUCUAUGUUAUCAAAAGAAGAUACAUCUUUGCCAAAACUCCUUUGUUCUGACAUAAUUUCUUGUUCUAAAUGGAAGAGGAGAAAUUUAAAAAACAUGUUCUGUGGUGUCUUCUGUCAUCUUUCAGAUUUAUCAGUUGGUGAUGAAGAGUUAAUCAAGUUAGUUGUGAAUCAACUGAGUCACAAUCAUCUUCUUGACAUCCAAUUUGAGAUUAGCCUGAAGAAAUUCUCCAUAUUUGGCAAGAAUAAUGAAACUAUUUCCAAUAUUAUUAAAAGCUCUUUGAAUUGGGGUUGCCUGCUGCAGCAUAAGUUAUGGGGUUUGAUUAGAUCAGAGUUUUCAGUUUCCAAAAUUGAAGUGGAGAAGAUAAUUGAGAACUUCUUUUGCUCAUAUGCUGAAUUAGAUGAAAAUACAGGUGCCAUAGCAGUUGGAGGUCUUUUGACACUGUGUACUUCUUGUACACCCAAGCCUGAGCUAGUUGGAACCAUCAUGUCAUUACCUAAUAGUGCUUUCCAAAAUUUUGGAGGUGCUGUUCUUUCUACAUGGGCUGCUGCUGAUGCCUCGAUGUUAUUUGAUAGUGUAGCUGUUUUUUCAGAAAAACUUGGUAGCAACACUGAGGUUGUAGAUAGUACAGAUGGAAUUAUGAUAAACCAUUCUGCCAUAAUGUGGCUGUUAGAUUAUUUUAGUGCACAUGGAUUAAGUAAUGCUGAUUUGUUAAGUAACUUCUCUAGAAAUAUUUCUAGCAAAAACACAAGGAAGCUGCUUUGAUGGAUGGCCUUUCUUCUGAUGGCAUGACAUGACUUUCUUGUUAAAAUGGAUUAUGAUUAGUUGAAUAUGACUCAGGUUGAGAGGGAAAUGGUGUGCCUCCAGUUUCGGUUACUGUUGGUGUUGAAAAUGUUGCUGCAUCGUUUCAUGAAAUUGGUGGAAAAUGAGUUUAAACAAACUGACCACCCAAAUGAGCCUCUUGAUACUGAUAGGCCUACUCUGCGCAUUAUCUCAACCUUCGAUUUUCAAUAAGAUCAAAAAGGAAGCCGUCGACAGGAGACUUGCGGCAUCAAGAACAGUGUCGGUGGGUGGCAACAGCACCAUGGGGAGGAGGCUUCCACUUUUGUCACUCAACAAUCGACAAGAUACUUCUUCGAAUGCUGUAAAUACUACUGUCGUCGAGGGAUCAGAUACUGCAACUGUUGUUGAUUUCACAAAAGAUGAAGUUCAGUUCAGGCCUUGCUAUAUGAGAAGUUCAAAUCAACCAAAGUUUGAUAUCAAGGUAGGGAUUAAUGCCAUAUUUGGCUGUGACAAGCAUCUGAGUUCUCACCUCAGUGUUUGAACAUCUUAUUACUCAACCUGCAGCAAUGCGAAAGAGAAAAGCUUCACAAGAGCCUGGGCAACCAUCACCAGAGGCUGCUCGGGACGACCCUAAGUUUUUAAUGAAUAAUUAUUUUAUUUUUAUGUAUAAUUAACAUUAAAUAGAUAUAAUUAAAAAAUAUUUUUAUUUUAACAGUGUAAUUUAAUUAACAGGAAUAUGAGUACAUAUUACUCUACAAAGCUAAACACAGUCUAAACAUUUCUUUACAAUUAUAUUCUCCUUUAUAAUAUUUUUAUAAUCAAAUUGUUUUCAACA